UGAUUUUGUAAGGAGCCUAGGACAUGAGAAAAAGAGCCCAAGGGAAUGUGGAAUGAGCAGGUCUUUUUAAAUUAGCGCAAGAUUUGGCCUUUGGCGACUUCCAAGCUACCACCGAAGAUGUCCAGUAAUCCAUCUUAUCAGCCGCUGGGAUUCGAGGCCAUGAACAUUUGUUUCUUCGGCAGCGGCAUGAUCAGUUCCGAAGCACCCUUCUUCUACCCGAGCAUGGCGCACGAUCUGAGCUUCGGCUCCGGUGAUCCAGCCGGAGGCGGGGGAGCAGCAGACGUAGCGGCGCAUUACGCGGCGAACAACGCGAUGAUCACUUCGCCGGCGAACCAGCUGGUCUGGGCUGCCGCCGCUCCCUCGCAGGACAGCCACCACGCGAGCAUGUCGACGGAGGAGAUGAACGACGACGCCUACGCCGUCGUCCCUGGCGAGAGCUGCAGCACCGUGCACUCCAUGCCCCCUCCAGGCGUUGCGGGCUUGCCGGACUUGUUCCAGUACGGCCCGUCAGAUGUCACCAUUGCUCAGCCGUCAAAGAUGGCCAAGCUGAUUACCGGAGAGCCACUCUGCAGCUGGCCCUACGCCGGGCCAAGCGCUGCGUCGAUCCACGACCCGUAUUACCUGACGGCGUUCUCCGCCGGCACCGGCUUUCGGGACCCGCCGGCGAGCGGCCUCUCUCUUGGGCUACGAGCCCAGUCUUCCUCGGUGACCAUGGCGAGCCUGCCGGACCUGUCCUCGGAGGUGAGCUGCUCCGGCCUGUCCCACGUGAACAGCGAAGGCUUUGGCUAUCAGCAGCCUCAGACCGCGAGGGCUCACCCUGGCACCGGCCUGUUCCAGCUUCCUCCUUACGGCGAUGUCGGUGCCGGCGGCGACGAGCUGCGGCACGUGUACCCACAGCUACACUCGAGGCCAGCGCACUUCUCGCAAGUGCUGCCGCGGUCGGGAUACGCGCACAUUGUCCAGGAGUUGCUGAAUGGGUUCGCCAGCUGCCUUCUGAAAGAUGUGCCCGAGAAUAUGGCUGACGAUUCAGUCAGUGGCAUUGGCAGCGAGGCGAGCCUGUUGCUCUCGUCGAGCUGCUCGGCGAGGACGCCGUCCUCGGUAAGCUCCAACCAGCUCAUGCUCACCUCCGACGAGCACCGGCAGGACACCGCGGACGGCGGGAGGUGGACGGAGGCCCAGAGGUUGAGGAACGAUCUCCUGGAAAUAUUACAGCUGAUGGAUCAAAGGUGCAACCGGUGCUUCGAUGACAUCCAGACCACGGCGACCAAGUUCAGCAGCAUGGUGGCGCAUCCAGGCGGCGGCGUCAUCGCCGCGCCACCGUUCGCGCAGCGCGCGGUCUCCGCAAUGUACCGGAGGCUCAGGAAGCGGAUCACGGGCCUGAUCAUGGUGUCCGGCCGCGGGGAGCCGUCGUCGUCGUCGUCGCUGGCCGAGAAGGAGCGGAGCUGGGAGUCAGCCUUCAUCCAGAAGCACUGGGCGCUGCACCAGCUCCGGCGCGGCGACCAGCAGUCGUGGCGGCCCCAGCGCGGCCUGCCGGAGAAGUCCGUCGCCGUCCUCAAAGCCUGGAUGUUCGAGAACUUCCUCCGCCCGUACCCGAAAGACAACGAGAAGGACAUGCUGGCAGCGAGGAGCGGCCUGAGCAGGAGCCAGGUCUCCAACUGGUUCAUAAACGCGCGCGUGCGCCUCUGGAAGCCGAUGAUCGAGGAGAUGUACGAGGAGCUCAAGAAGAGCUCGGAAGGCAGCAAGAUCGAGCAUCUGACCAAAGAUGUCGUUAGAACUUAG